UAGAUGAUAUUUCAUCAUUUAGAUUUGUAGAAAUUUUUGUAAAUGUGUUAGCAGAUCAAUUGGUUCGAUUGUCCUCGAGCUCAUUUUUCGAGUGUGAAAAUCUGAAAUUAAUGAUAAAAGAUACAAAUAUAAGAACAACUUUAGUAAAUACUUUGAUUGAUGUCUCUAAAGAUUUCGCCACAAGAUCGGUUAAAACAAAGGUAGAGCAGUUAAUUUCGACUUCAACUGAUGAAAAUGCAAGGUUGGGUACAAUUGUGCAAUGGGAUGAUUCAAAUCAUUUAUUGGUAUUUUUCUUAUCACAAACACCCGAUUCUAUUUGUGCUUUGUACCGAGAUAAGGCCAAAGUUCCACAGAAUGUAAGAACUUUAUUGAAAAGUCAACAUAUAGGAGACAAGAGUUGGGAACUAGAAGAUUAUCACAAAAUGGACACAAAUGAACUUUUGGAGAAAUUGGAAUGUUUGGCAAGAAAAACAAUGCAUAAAAUUGAGUAUCCGCCGUAUGCUUUAUCUGCAGAUAAUUUGGUAAAGAUGGCUUUGAUUUUGUUAAGGGCUCGUGCAAAUAUUCCAGUAGUAAUUUGUGGUGAAGCCGGAUGUGGAAAGACAAGUUUAAUCGGAUUCUUGGCCAAAGUUGUGGAAGUCGAAUUUCAACCUCUUAAUCUUCAUGCUGGAGUCACCGAAAACGCAAUUCUAAAAUUCAUGAGUGAUGCACAAGAAAAAGCUGAGAGCGCUGAAAUAUGGUUAUUUUUUGAUGAAAUUAAUACUUGUAACUACAUAGGUCUUCUAGCAGAUUUGAUAGCUCACAGGACGUUACUCGGUAAACUGAUUCAUUCUAAUAUCAGGAUUUUUGCGGCAUGCAAUCCUUAUAGAAUCCGCACCAAAAGUCAAAGUGUCGUCGGAUUAAAAACCAAUAAGAGAUAUGAAGAACAAAGCAAUCUUGUAUAUCAAGUAAAGCCACUACCAGAUCAAAUUUUAGAUUAUGUUUGGGAUUAUGGCGUGUUGCAACAAGAAGAAGAACGUCGAUAUAUCGAGAUUAUGGUAUAUGAUUCUUUAAAAGAUUUUGAUAAACAAUGUUUAGUAUUUGCAGAACUAUUAUUCGAAUCUCAAGCAUUCAUUCGAGAGGUUGAAGAACCUUACAGUGUUAGUUUAAGAGACGUAAAGAGAGCAAUUAUGCUUGUAAAGUUUUUUGCCGAAAGUUUACGAAAUCGACCACCUGUUCGUAAAAAUGCACCAAAGUAUCCACCGAUAGGAGAAAUUUCGAUGUCAACAAGGUGCUAUAUUCUUGCAUUAGGAUUAUGUUAUCAAUCUAGAUUGUACGAACAAUCUCUUAGAAAAAAAUAUCGAAUCGCCAUGAGUAAAACGUUUAAUCGCAAAAAAAUUAACGUUGAUGAGAAGGCAUUUAAUAAGGUUAUAAGACAAGAGCAAGAUAAUUAUAUUAAUCGGAUGACUUGUCCUCCUAAUACUGCAAAGAACGAGGCCCUUUUAGAAAAUGUUUUGGUAAUGAUUGUCUGUAUCCUAACUAAGAUUCCGGUUUUUAUUAUUGGGGCACCCGGCUCUUCAAAAUCUUUGGCUAUUCGGCUCGUUAGUCAAAAUCUCCGUGGAUCCGAUUCAAAUGAUGAAUAUUUCAGAAAACUGCCCCAGGUCUAUCUUAUUCCUCAUCAAGGUUCAUCAUCCUCAACUUCAGAUGGCAUUCUUAAAGUUUUUCAAAAAGCGCAAAAUUAUCAGGAGACAAGUUCCAAAGAAUUUCCCGUAAUUAGUGUUGUUUUGCUUGAUGAAGUUGGACUGGCCGAAACCAGUCCUUUUAAUCCAUUGAAAGUACUUCAUUCUUUACUUGAACCAAGCUAUCCUUCAGAAGGGCCGACUGUUUCGGUAAUUGGAAUUUCUAAUUGGAGAUUGGAUAAUAGUAAAAGCAGCAGAGCCUUGGUAGUUCAAAGGCCCAAAUUCGAUCUUAAUGAUCUUGUGGACACGGCUGUCCGCCUGCUCUCUUCAAAAACGAAUGGACAAAUCUCCAAAGCGUCUCUUCAACCAUUAGCUCAGGCAUAUUCAGAUUAUGAGCAACAUGGACAAUCGUUUCCAAAUUUUCACGGCCUUCGUGAUUAUUAUGCUUUAGUCAAAAGUCUUUCUCUAGGUGAUAUGACACCCGAAAACAUUCAGAUGGCUCUUGUCCGUAAUUUCGGAGGCACUGACCAAAAUGCCACCUUGUGUGAAAAAUACUUUGGCGAGGUUCUAAGAACUUUUAAUAAUUCUAGAAAUUGGAUUUAUAAUCCAAUUCCUGUUGAGAAGCUUAUUAAUGCAAAUUUGGAUGAUGAAGGUGCAAGACAUCUAAUGGUUAUUGGAAAGAGCGAUUCUAUUGUUAAUUUGUUAACGUAUAAAUUGAGAAAACGAAACUUGGAUCCUGUUGUUAUUUUGGGGUCACAAUUCCCUGAUGAUCAAGACGAUUAUUCAUAUAGUGUUUUGAGUAGGAUUAUGAUGUGUGUAGAGGCAGGAAGGCCAUUGAUUUUAACAGACUUGGAAAUUAUUUAUGGAAGUCUUUACGAUCUGUGGAAUCAAAAUUAUAUUGUUGUUGGUAGCGCCGAAGAUCCAAAAUACUAUACUAGAGUAGCUCUUGGUGCUUAUGCAAACCCUAUGCUCUAUGUGGCAAAGACUUUUAGAUGUAUAUUGGUACUUGAUGAGAAAAAGCUCAAGCAUGCUGAUCCACCACUUUUAAAUAGAUUUGAAAAACAAAAGAUGACCAUUAACGACACACUUUCUAAACAUGAGGUUGAGCUAGUUCAGCAAUUAUCAAAUUGGGCCAUGCAAAUGGUUACUGUAUUUGGAAAGAAUAAAUUUGAUCCAAAUGCUAAAUUUUCUCAAAAGGAUCUUUUCAUUGGGUUCGAUCCAGAUGAAACCUUACAAAGCUUGGUCAUUGAUAUUAAAAAGAGUAAUCCUCAUAGCAACGAUGACGAGAUUCUUGAGAAAUGUAAAGAAAAUUUAAUUGCCAUUGCAUCUUCCGAUGGUAUUAUUCGAGCAGAGAAAUCUACUUUGGAUCCGGAAGAAAUUACACAUUGGAAAAAUGUUUACUUUAAAAAACAGCAUCAUGAUAAUCUUGCCGACCAAAUUCAAGCAUUACUUGAUAACCUAGAUGAAUUUCAAGUAAUAAUUAACACAUUUUCCAACAUUAAUACAGAUGUCAAGGCAUGUUUAAAGGGUAUAAUUGAUUGUCAGGUGGAUAAACUUUCGACAUUCAAAACCGAAUCUCAACUUCAAAAUAGGAUUAAACAUUUCUGGUUAGAAUCUACUGAUCAAUUGUUAGUACUUCAAUGCGAUGUCACUACCGUGAACGCCGGUUGUAUCAAAUUAGCUAAAUUCAUUAUUGAACAAUUUCGAAAUGAGUUUUUUGCGAAAAGGAAACAAAAGCCUGACAUUAAAAUGCAAAAAAAACACGCAUGUAUUAUUUUGCACAUUCAUCGAGAACAAGAAACAUCGUUGGCAUCGUUUAAUUUCAUGUGCGGAUGGAACCAAGUCACUAUUGAAACUUUGUUGCCGCAAGAGAAGCCACUUUCAAUUCUUUUAAACGGAAGUCUUUGCGAUAUUAUUAAUACAACUUACCCAUUUGAAGAUAUUUUAGAACAAGAACUUUUAUGGUGUUUGUUAUGCAUGAAAUACCCUUCUAAUAUUAGAUCUGUUGAACAUAUUAAAUGGUUGAAUUCAGAGAUUUAUAACCACCCGAAUUUGAUUGAAUGUUUAAAAGCUCAAACACAAGAAUGGCUUCAGAAUCAUUCACCUGCAAAUUGGCAAUACAUUGUUGCAUCCGACAAGAAGUUAUUAUAUCCUUAUGCAUCAUUCCCAAUUGCCUUACAAGCUCACAUUCGUAGAUCUGUUCGUAAACCGAUUGCUAGAAUCCUAUGUGCGCUUGAAAGAUUAUCAGUAACUAGAACAUUCUUUUCUAUUGAUAAGUCGGCUCGAUCAGAAAACGAUAAUCGACUUCUCGAGUUUUGGAUGAAAAUGUUCACCGACAAAAAAAUAAUAGACAUUAAAGAGCUACCAGAACCAUCUCCUGACAGUUAUAUAAUGCCACCUGGAGUAUAUGAUCUACAAUUUCCGUUUUCAUACUAUUUUAUGAAACAAAUCGAUGAGUUUAAAGCUCUUUAUUUAGAAGAAAUGACUUUAUUGCAUGAAGAUCCAAUGAAUAUCGAUUCAAAAACUGGAGAGCUUAGAAAAUCAGUUGAAGAAGAACACAUAAAAGAAUUCACUAAUAAGGUUCUUAACAUGGUUCCACUUCUUAAAACAUCACCUAUUGAUUGGGCUUCAAUAUUAUACUUUAAAGAUUUCGUAACCGUUAUUGCCUAUAAUGAACCUGGAGAUAAGGAUCCUGCAUUGAUUGAACUUAUCUUUGAGCAUAGACUUGGAAAAGACAAAAUCUUAAAUCCCAUACUUCUGCAUACAUGUUGGUGGAAACACGGAGACUCUAUUAUUUCAGAACUUCGGCUAGCUCAAAUGUGUCCAACACUUGUCAAACAACUUCAAAAUGAAUCACAUAUCAUCUUUGAGCAAUUCCUUGUUGAAGGAGCAUCGAGAAUGAUGUUGCAAAAAAUUUGUAAUGGAACGCAUAGUGGAACAAUUCAUUAUGGUGAAAUUAUUAAUUGGCAACACGAUGUUACUCAAAUACUUUCACUUAGUAAAAAGAUUUCAGGAUCUUCAGCUUCAAAGUCUCUUCAACUAUUGCAAAUUUCUAAUGAUUUGAUUUCCACGAGAUCUAUAACUCGUUCUACCAUUACUCAGAUUAUUAGCCUUGGACAAAAUAAUAACUUUGAAGAAUUUCUUUCUUGGAAGUUUGUUGACGCGAUUUUGGUUAUUUUGAAUAAACUUGAGAAAUCGGAAAAAAUUUUGAAUUCACGAAGAACGUUCAUUUUGAGAUGUCUUGAUAUUAUUCCACCUGAAUCUUCUGUUCGACUAGACCUUUACCGCGGAUUAUUUUCACAGAUACCAUUCUCACUUAUGGGUGCUAUCAUAAGUAAAAUUUUUAAGACAGAAGAAGAAGAAAAUAAUAAUGUUUUCUUCCGUCUGAUCCAUGAACCAACAGAAAUUUUGACUAUUUCACAAAAGCUUAGCGUAAUCAAUAGUAGCUUGAAAAUUACUGAUCUUAAUUCUGAAAUAGCAGCGUUAUGUUGUGAUAUCAUCCAACUUAAAUUUUUCUGGAAAUGUAAGUUGAAUCAAUUGGCACCUUAUUUCCGGAAAGCAGCAAGUGCAUUAUAUAGUUCCGGAGUUCAACCGCUGCAAAGAAUUGCAUCUAUUGCUUUUCUUAAGGAAUUUGUUCGAAGAUUAUGGGAUUCUAUGAUUCCAGAGGGUAUCGACCAAGCAACCAAAUUUCCUACUGUAGGAUUUAACCCAUUUAGUGGUCCUGCGCUCCUCGAAGAUAUCAACAGUUCUAUGAGUUUGACACAUCCAUUAAUACACUCAUUAAAAAUUUAUUUCCUCCGAGAUUUACGUCAACGUGGGUAUGCUAUCGACGACGUGAAGAAAUUUGGUGAAGUGCAGGCAGGAAUGCUGCCAUGGUUCAACAGUUUUGCGUGGGAUAAUGGUGAUGAAAGUCGGUUACCAUUCAACCCUUACUGGUCCGUUCCAGAUUACGCUGAAGUUGAAAAAGCGUUUUCUAAUUUAUAUAAUUUCAACAACAAGGCACCUUUAAAUAAAUUCCUAGACCGAAUUCGGUUGAAUGAUUCAAUUGAUGCACGAAUAGCAAUAAUAGGAAUUAUAGUGUCAAAACUUCAUGCUUUUAGAGCUUCACGUAAAUUGGUUGAUGUAGAGAAGCAAGCAGCAGACUAUAUUAACAAAGCAAUUACUGAAAUUAGCGAUUUACCUGACGUUUAUAAACAGACAGUAACUAGAAUUUUAAUAAACAAAUACCCAUUAUUUCAACUUUCACCUAAAACAAGUAGUUCAGAACUGAUUAUGAAAUCUGUUAUUAUACAUAUUAUUGGAGUACAUGCUUCUUUAUCUUCAGAUUCAUCACCUUUGGCUGCUUAUUUACAUAAAUUGCAAGAGUGUCAAAAUCAAUAUAUUUUAGCAUGCCCGUCUGAUAUUGAAUCUGUUGUAUUCAACGCAAUUUCUUUCGGUGGAGUUACCAG